GCGUGAGAAGCCAAAGGAUAUAUGGAGCAAUACAAUUACCAAAUGUACCCCCCUCCCAGUUAAGCGAACCGUUAUGUUUUAAGCCCCGUUGUGUAAAAACAAAACGUAAACGUAAACGCAAAUGUAAAAAUCGAUAAACCACACGCAGCCAACGCAAACGCAGCAAAACGUGUCCCUGUCCAGAGUCCAAAAAACAAAAAGAGACCCCCAAAAAAAAUAAAAUACCCAAACUGAUACUCAGACCCGAAAACCAAAACCAAAGUACGGACCAAAGUUGACCAAAAAACACACUAAAGUUGGCCCCCAGUGAGACUCGACAACAACUAUAACAACAACGACAACAACAACUGGAACUCCUAGACUGAAGCAGCGGUCGGAGCAAAAAUGUGUAAAGUGGCUGUGAAAUUUUAAGUAUCCUAACCAAAAAACCAAAAACCAACAACUGAAAACCAAAAACCGUAAACCCCAAAAACCGCAGUAACCAAUUUAUCAUCAUAUAAAACAAUAAAAUGCAAUUUGAAAUAGAAUUUUGAAUAAUGAUCAAAUAAUAAUAAUAAAAAAAGAACGUCGUAAGCAACAGUCACACAAAAAGAGAAGAAGAAAGAGAGAGAGAAGGAGAAAGAGGCGCAACAAUGCGUAUGCCAAGCAAUAAACUCUAUAAGUAAAAUCUAAACUAUACUACUAUAUUUCGGCGAGCCAAAUCUAUUUUUCACAUGCGACAAAUAUUGCGAGAUAAGAACUGCAACAUUUCCUUUCCGCUUUGCCACAAAACGAUACCCCCUAAGACGGUCUUUGCUCGUUCGAAAGAAACCACUCGCUUCAGCACUUAACACUUAACUUGCCUACUGACCACUGAUAACCGCUAAAACAACGAAAAAAAACUGCUCAACACUUAAGCAAACAACACCAACAACCAAACACUUCCCAUUAUGCCGCGCUGCCUGAUCGCCAAGAAAUGGAAGGCGUAUCCUUGGCUGGAUCGUGCCGGGGAUAAUGGACAACACACAAACACAGCCACAACGACAACUUCCAGAGAUGAGGAACUGUCACCCUUACCAAAUAUCAAAUCACGUCGCUCCACACUCGAUGACGAUGAGGAGAUCGAUGUUGUUGGCGAUAAGCUAUUGACCAAGUCGGAAAAGCAACGCACAACAGCAGCAACAGUAACAAUUACACCAACAGAAACAGCAACAGUCGCCGCCAUAGCAGCAGCAACAGCAAACGACAGCACAACAGCGACAGCAACAGCAACAGCAACAACAACAACGGCCAAGUGCUGGGGUCCCAGCUCACCAACGGCGGGCACCACAGCGCCAAGUCCGCCGCCACAUUCACCCGAGGCAGCGACGCGAGUGGCCAACAAUGUCUACAACGGCUAUACACGUGAGCUGUCACCGCUGCACUACACCGCGUACCUGCCCCGAAUGGAGAGCGAAAUAACAGUAAUACGUGCGGCAGCCACAGCGCUGGUGGCAGCAGCAGCCACCAGUGGAGCUGGUGAACAGCAUUUGGCCGCUUAUCAGACACCGCCUUCGUCCACCACAUCGUCGCCGUCGUGUUCGCCGAGUGGCGCUGGCCACAGCGAUCGCAAUAGUCCCAGUGUGCACAUCAAAUUCGAAUCCGGACAGACAUCCAGUGAGCGCAAAUGCUUUAGUAGUACGGGUGCAACGUUAUCGUUGCCGCCGAAAAAGAAGGACAUCUACAGGCCGUAUUCGCUGGACGACAAGCCAGCGCAUGGAUAUCGCAGACGUGUGCCCGCCGAGGAGGAUUUACAUGCGGCGCAUGCUAUAUUAGAUCUCAGCGCAUCGACAGCCUUUCACCCGCCCACGCAGCCACAUCAAUUGCAGCAACAGCAGCAUCAGUUGCCACUGCAACAGCAGCAACAUGAACAGCAACAGCAACAGCAGCAGCAACAGACGGAGCACAUGCAUACGCACACACAUGGACAUAGUCACAGUCACAGUCACAUGCACACACACACACAUGGGCACACACACGCCCACACCGCGCCGCUUUUGGAGGCGCAUGCGCAUGUGCGGAGCACGUCAUCGAUUGCCGAACUGGCUGCUGCAGCGAGCGUGGUAAAUGAACAACGCCCCUUGAGCAAUGCCUCCAGUGCAAGCAGCAGCCACCUGCAGCCACCCAGCAGCCCCGCCAGCAGCAACGGCAGCAACGGCAGCCACGGCAGCAACAGCAGCAACCACAGCAACAGCAGCGGCGGCAACGUGCAAAAUGAGAACAGCAACACCACAAACACUAAUCAACUGCGCUCUGGACUCGGUCUGGGUCUGAGUCUGGACCAGGAAUGCGAUGUCGAUGCCGAUGGCAAUGGGCAACCGGCCAAAACGGUUGCCUACACCUACGAGGCCUUCUUUGUGAGCGAUGGCCGCUCCAAGCGCAAGCAUGUGGUCGACCCCGCUGCCGUUGUGGUCCAGGAUCAACAGAAGACCAAGUACACGUGCUCCGAAUGCGGCAAACAAUAUGCCACCUCCAGCAAUCUGUCGCGCCACAAGCAGACGCAUCGCUCCCUCGACUCACAGUCGGCCAAGAAGUGUCAUACCUGCGGCAAGGCCUAUGUCUCCAUGCCCGCUCUGGCCAUGCACGUGCUGACGCACAAGCUCUCGCACAGCUGCGGCGUCUGCGGCAAGUUGUUCUCACGUCCCUGGCUGCUGCAAGGACAUCUGCGUUCGCACACCGGCGAGAAGCCGUACGGCUGUGCGCAUUGCGGCAAAGCGUUUGCGGAUCGCUCCAAUCUCCGGGCUCACAUGCAGACGCAUUCGGUGGACAAGAAUUUCGAAUGCAAGCGAUGCCACAAGACGUUCGCGCUCAAGUCGUACCUAAACAAGCAUCUGGAAUCGGCCUGCCUCAAGGACGAGGAGGAGCUAAUGAUGGCCAUGUCGCUGCACGGACAUACCGAUAGCAAUAGCGAAAGUGGCGCCAGUUUGGCAUCACCGCCUCACGAGUUUAUCGAGCGUGUCAAGCUGGAGUCAUCGGGCAAUGGAAUGGCAGGAGCUGCUGGCGUAGGAGGCGGUCUCACCUAUGCCAUGUAAAAUGUUGAGUAAGUGUGCAAUGCAAUGCUGGCAAUGCCAAAAAAAAAAACAAAAGCAGAAAAAGAAAACGAAAUCCCUAGUUAAUUUACCGUUACAAAUGUUAAAAAGUUAUCGUUACCGAUCGAUCGAUAGCCGUUAGCCGCGUUAUCGAUAGCGACAUCAAAACCGCUAACAGUUUUUAUAUAUACUAAAAUACGAUUACAUACUUGACAUCACAAUACGUCCAAAAGCAAGUGUAGUAGAGUAACACAGAGACUGUAGAAAUUCGCAUUAGACACAUUAGACAGCAAAAUACAAAGAAAAAAAAAAAAACCAAAAGAAAAGCCAUAAAAAAAAUACAACAACAUAAGAAAACGAAAAUGAAAACAAAAAUACACUUAGUAAAACCUAAUCUCGUUCUUCUUUUAGUCAUAUAAGCGAGUUGAACAUUCCUAGACCCAACAUAAGCAUUCCAUAAGAAAAACAAACACACUAUACACACAACACACACACACUCCCAACACACACUCACACACAUGUGAACACCACAGAGAAAGCCUUUUGCAAGUAGGUGUAAACCGAAUGCAAACCAAAACCUGAACUUGAGCAAUUCUACGCUAGAAAUAGCACUAUCUUAUCUAUCUAACUUACGAUAUGCAUUACAUACUAUAUAAUGAUGUAUUAUAACCUGUAGCCUAUCAAACAACUUUUAAUCUUUAGCUCUCCUCUCUAACUCUAUCUAAGCUAAACAAACAAAGAAAAGAAAACCAAAAAACGAAAAUUAAACAUUCUCUUUAAUCCAAAAAACAAAAAAACAAAAAAUACGUUGACGAAGACUUAGACGAAGUGAUUAAAUUUAAUGCAACGAAUACAAAAGCAAAUGCAAUGUUUCUCAAACAACGAAUUAGGUCGUAAGGGCAGCCUAUCUAUAAGCAGAAUAUAGUAGCGCCACAGAGCAGCGAAUUUAGCUGCGAUUUUUCACAUCAUUCUUAAACUAAGUCACACACAUAGCUGAAGAAGCACCAACAAAACAUUUUCAAAAAACAAGCACUCGAAAAGAAUAAAUCCCUUACAAUUCAAAAAAGUCCCCACAAAAAUAAUGACUAAAUUCAAAAAGCAAUAACAUUUUAGAGAACAUCAGCAUUUUUGGCACAGUUUUAAUCAAUUUUUGGUAGAGUUUUGAACAAUACUUUCUUUUAUUAUUUGAAGGCUAGAGAAACAUUGAAAUGGAGGGGAAUCUGAAUGCAUAUUUGGGCAUUUCAUUUGCAUUAACAGCACGUCCCAAUUUAUAAUAUAGUCAAUUAGCAUUCCAGGCAAUUACCAAAAAA